AUGCAGAAAUUACGUUCGGAAAGUGUUUUGCAGAACUCUGAAUGCGAAAAGGAUAAUAUUGAUUUGCCUAGUACUAGUGCUUGUACAAUAGAUAAUAUUGAAACUGCGACUAAUGCUUCUAUUGUAGAUGACUUUGAAGGACCGUCUUCUUACCAGGCAGAGUUACAGGGCGAUGUUGAAAGAAAUGAUUAUUCUUCUCUUUCAGAUAGCGAGGAUGAUGAUAUAACUGAAGUUUUUGAUGCAAGACAAUUUUUAGCAGAGUGGGCUGUGAAUUAUCAGAUACCUCAUAAUGCUGUAUCUGCACUACUUAAAGGGCUAAAACUUCAUGAUUGUUUCAGUGAUUUACCAGCAGAUAGUAGAACACUUCUGAAAACAAAAAGGACUGCUGUAUCAAAAGUUGUAAGUCCAGAAAUGCAAUCACCUGCAAGAACUGAUGAACACUUUCGAAGCUUAGAAGAUGAAGACUACCACAAUGGCUAUACGAGAUUGCUUGAAAUACCGUACAUUGGUUUAGUUACUAAUGUACCACUUGACUAUAUGCAUUUGAUUUGUUUAGGAGCUGUUAAGAGAUUGAUGCUUUUGUGGACUGAAGCUUAAAGAUUUAUAUACCCAAGGAAUUUGCUAGGAAGCCUCGAUCAUUGAAAUAUGUGAGAUCAUGGAAAGCUACAGAAUUUAGACAAUUAUUAUUGUAUAGUGGUCCAGUAGUUUUGAAAUCU